AUGUCCUCCAACCUUGACUCGUUUUGGGUUGUGACCGCCCCUUCACGCAACUGGGACUCUAUGCCGACCAUCAAUGUCUGCGACCACGAGGUACCCUUGCCUGCUUAUUGGAAGAUUGUCGAUCUUUUAGUACAAGGAAUGGCCAAGGAAGACAUUGUUCACAAGGUCAUUUUACACACGGGCCCCAAGACCCUCCAAGUCGUCACUGAUGUUGUCGAAAGCGUGGCAGAAAACCAACGGCUAGUUUCCCACCGAUCCACAAUUUCCAACAGAUCGAGCACCACGCCCAAGAAAAUAAAUCGAAUCAGCUCGUAUCACGUCGGAAAGGAAGUCCGUUGCGAACUGCAAGCAGCUGAAUGUUCCCUGGAGGUGGCGCAGCAACGCGAGAAAAGAUUGCUCAACGAAGCGCUUGCCAUAGCCCACACAAAGGAAGAGUUGAAAGGAAAGGAGAUGAGUCCCGAUGAGCGACGUAAAACUACCUUCGCCAUCGACCAUAAAAUGAAGCAGAUUCUUCGGCAACACCAGGAGGUGGAGACCGAGAUCAAGAGUGCGAAGAGGCUCACUGCAAUGCACAAGGUAUCACGAACCUGA